GUACAGAUACCUACUCUUGUAGUUUGCAAAGAAGUCACGUCCACCCCCUCCUCUCUCUCCUUUCUCUCUCUCCACUCUCUCUCUCCCCCACUCCUCUGUCCUGAUCGGUUUUCACUAAAGAUAAUUGGAGGCAACAUUUGAUAUGCCCAAUGUCAUGGACAAGAAUGAGGUUUCACCAGGCUCAUCUGCUGCGACCAUGAAAAAGAAGGCGGCAGGCGGCAGCGGAUGUAGCCACAUCAGCGCGCCCAAAGCUGCCACGUCCAAUUGCACGAGAAGCAAAAGCAGCAAUUGUGUUGACUCUGCCCCGGCUGCUGCUGCCAGCCAGAGCGCCCCGAAUGUGAAGCAGCCCGGCGUGGCCAGUAACGCUGUCAUAGACGAGGCGGACGUCGGUGAGGACGAGUCCAAGUUUCAGUAUCCGCGGCUGCGCCGAACCGGGGGGAGCGGCAGUUGCGGUGGUGGUAGUAUCAGGAUGAAGAACUUUACGCCAGGAGGGGGAGCCGCGGCCACGGCUACCAGAAAGAACUCCACCAACAACGAGACCAUCCUACUGCAAACAGAGGGUGCGCCUGCUGCUACUAAGCCCACUGUAGCAUCCAAAGCGACUGAUACCACAACCUGUCCGGGAGAUGCUGCCGGGCGCUGCGAUACCAACAGAGCGGCAGGGGCGGAGGCGUCUGGAGCAGUGGUCGCAGUAGAGGUUUUAAACGCGGCAGCAGGUGAUGCUUGUAACAACAGCACCGCUCCAAUUUCAAGAAUGAAAUGCAACAAAAACGGAGAAUGCAGGAGGGACUCCGGCACCGGGAGCCUGCGCUCGAUCAUAUCCAACAAGACUGCCGGGGCGGGGAGGGCCGAGGACGCGUCCCUUAGGCGCGGUGCCUGUAACUCAGCCAGGGCCAGCAUGGAUGGCUCCGCGACAGGCUCCAUGACGCAGGGCCAGGGGGAAGGUAGCGCAAACCCCGGCGUCACCCCUGUUUCCACCGGCGUCCCCGAGAAAAAGGACUCCAGGGUGUCCUUCUCCAACGCGCCAAGUAGGAAAGCCUCCUCGUCGCUGCACGGCUCGACCCAGACCCAGGCGACUCAGCAGCCUAGAAACUCUGUCACCUUCCAGAAGCCGGAGGAUGGACCCCAGAUCCAGGCCGAGGAUGCCGAGGCUGACGGAAGUACCUUCAUGCAACGACAAUUCAGUGCCAUGCUGCAGCCUGGAGUUAACAAAUUCUCCUUACGCAUGUAUGGGAGUCAAAAGGCGGUGGAGAGGGAGCAAGAGCGGGUUAAAUCAGCGGGCAAUUGGAUUAUCCACCCCUACAGUGAUUUCAGGUUCUACUGGGAUUUCACGAUGCUUCUCUUCAUGGUGGGUAACCUGAUUGUCAUCCCGGUGGGCAUCACCUUCUUCAACGAUGGGACGACCACCCCUUGGAUCAUCUUCAACGUCAUCUCCGACACCUUCUUCCUCAUGGACCUGGUCCUCAACUUCCGCACUGGCAUCAUCAUCGAGGACAACUCUGACAUCAUCCUGGACCCCAAGACCAUCAAGAAGACGUACCUGAAGACCUGGUUCAUCGUGGACUUUGUCUCCUCCAUCCCCGUGGAUUAUAUCUUCCUGAUCGUGGAGAAGGGGAUCGACUCUGAGAUGUAUAAGACGGCCAGGGCCCUGAGGAUCGUACGCUUCACUAAGAUCCUGAGUCUGCUGAGGCUGCUGAGGCUGUCCCGGCUCAUCCGCUACAUCCACCAAUGGGAAGAGAUCUUCCAUAUGACCUAUGACCUGGCCAGUGCAGUAAUGCGUAUCUUCAACCUGAUUGGUAUGAUGCUGCUGCUGUGUCACUGGGAUGGCUGUCUGCAAUUCCUGGUUCCCAUGCUACAGGACUUCCCCCAGGACUGCUGGGUCUCCCUCAACAAGAUGGUGAAUGACACAUGGUCUGAGCUGUAUUCAUUUGCAGUGUUCAAGGCGAUGAGCCACAUGUUGUGUAUCGGCUACGGUCGGCAGGCCCCGGAGAGCCUGUCUGAUAUCUGGCUCACCAUGCUCAGCAUGAUCGUAGGGGCCACCUGCUACGCUGUGUUCAUAGGCCAUGCCACCGCACUCAUCCAGUCCCUGGACUCGUCCCGACGACAGUACCAGGAGAAGUACAAACAAGUGGAGCAGUACAUGUCCUUCCACAAGCUGCCAUCUGACUUCCGACAGAAAAUCCAUGACUAUUAUGAGCACCGGUACCAGGGGAAGAUGUUUGAUGAAGACAGCAUCCUGGAGGAACUGAACGAACCACUCAGAGAGGAAAUUGUCAAUUUCAACUGCCGGAAGCUGGUGGCGUCCAUGCCGCUGUUCGCCAACGCAGAGCCCAACUUUGUGACAGCCAUGCUGAUCAUGCUCCGCUUUGAGGUCUUCCAGCCUCGUGAUUACAUCAUCAGAGAGGGCACCAUUGGCAAGAAGAUGUACUUUAUCCAGCACGGAGUCUGUAACGUCAUCACCAAGGGAACCCUGGGAAUGAAGCUCUCUGAUGGCUCCUACUUUGGAGAGAUCUGUUUGCUGACGCGGGGUCGGCGUACGGCCAGCGUCAGAGCGGAGACGUACUGCCGUCUCUACUCCCUGUCUGUGGACAACUUUAAUGAGGUGCUAGAGGAGUACCCCAUGAUGAGACGGGCCUUUGAGACCGUGGCCAUCGACCGACUGGACCGCAUAGGCAAGAAGAACUCCAUUCUGAUGCACAAAGUGCAGCACGACCUCAACUCCGGCGUUUUCAACAACCAUGAGAAUGAGAUGAUCCAGGAGAUUGUUAAGUACGAUCGUGAAAUGGUCAAACUGGUGGACCUCCAGAGACCCCGCACCAUGUCCAUGACAUCCUCCGUCCCUGGGGGCAUGUUCUCCCCCGCAGGCCCAUCCGGGGUCGGGGCCCUCGCCAGCCUCCAGCAGGCUGUGGCCAUGAGCUUCUGCCCCCAGGGGAUGGGGCCGAUGGGGGGAAUGGGGAUGCCGGGGAUGGGGAUGGGGCCGAUGGGUAUGGGGAUGGGGAUGGGGCCAGGUCCGAUGGGGCCAGGUCCGAUGGGGCCAGGGUCAGCGUCUGGGUCAGGGUCAGGGACGCUGCAGUCCCCCCGCAUGUUGCGGAGGUUCCAGGUGGUCCAUAGCCUGUCACAGAGCCCUGUUUCCGCAUCUCCUCUCCAGUCCCAGCCACCACAGAUGGCUCAUGCAACAGGAGUGUUUGGGUCAGCUAUUUCCAGCCCACCAGUCCAGAGCCCUCUGGCGCAUCCAGGACGGACAUUCCAGUACAUGGGGGGAGCGGGGCCGUCUGGGUCUCAGCUGUCCCUGGUGCAGCACCACGUUCCCAGCCCCACGCACACCAUCCAGAGGCCCUCCUCACACAAAAGCACCCACUCGCUCCACUCAGGCACCCUGAGCCAAGACGCCCGUGUCCUCUCCGCCUCCCAGCUCUCCCUACCUCAGGAUGGAACCCCUCCUGCCGGCCCCAGCCCUCCCCAAUCUACCCACCCAUCCACCCACGCCUCCUCCACCUCCAUUGGCCCCCCUCAGCCCACUCACCCCAGCCAGCCUGGGCCCUCUGGAGUGGGGGUCCAGGUUGGGGGGAGACCUGCGGGAGUUCCACAGCGGGUGGCCUUCGCCUCCACUCCUCCCCCAGGAGGAGCACCCGGGAUGGGGGCGGCUGCAGCGGCGGCUGGGUCGGGGCUCCCGGCCUCUGGAGCUCCUAAGAAGGAUUCGAUCGUUAGCAUACCGGAGUUAGACUCAGCCCGGAACCGGCUGUCUUCCAACUUGUGACCCUAUGAGAGCUGCAGGAGAGAGGCCUUCUUCACAUGGGUGAAUCUAAACGUCUGUUUAUCUCUGUCUGGAUGACCUGACUGGUCGGCUUCCUUACUGACCUGGCUGGCUUCAUAUGGGCCACACCGUCAGUCAUUCUAACUGAAUGUCCUGUGUGUCGGUCGGAGUCAACAAAGAGGAAAGAGGAACUCUUUGGCUCGUGUGACUUGGAGAGUCGAAUCAAUUAAACUAGUUUAACAAAGGUGGGACUGGACUAUUCUACUAUGCCAGCACCUGUAGUCUUAGUAUCACCCCUUACACUCUGCUUCCAAACACCUAUAUUGCUGUCUUUAUUGUAAAGAUAUUGAGAAACAACAUAAUUAAUGUAACUGUUGCAUACUGUGUAGAAUCCAUACAAUGCAAUCUAGCAGGAGCUGGACUUAAAAACGCAAAAUCAGGGACUUGAAUCAAAUGACAAUGAUGACAUUUUACGCUUUCAGAAUGUGUUUUUUGGUGUCCUUUUUUCUGUAAACGCUGUUGUAGCAAAAUAAAUACAUUGCUCUUCAUAUUGUUUAAAAUAGUAGUGAAGGUAGUGUUUUAGACCGCUGGUCGAUCUUACAUCGAUGUGUAAAUAGUUAAAAUAGUAAAAAAAAAAAAUACCGAAAGGUAAUAUCUUCAUUGUAACUACUCCAAACCAAAGUUGAGCUUAAACACAAAGUUUGGUUGUGUCUGUAUCAACUAAAAAAGAAAAAAAUGCCAUUUAUUCAACUGCCUUGAUUCCAAGUUCAGAAGCCAUAUAUUUGGUUUGUGUGUGUGUGUGUGUGUGUGUGUGUGUGUGUGUGUGUGUGUGUGUGUGUGUGUGUGUGUGUGUGUGUGUGUGUUUUUGGUUCCAUUUUGUUUUUCCAAGAGAGCUGACUCGUGUACUCAUAUCUUUACACUACGUUGUCAGGCCUGGUUGGUUGGAUUUGUUUUUACAAGAGAGCUGACUCGUGUACUCAUAUCUUUACACUACGUUGUCAGGCCUGAUUGGUUGGAUUUGCUGGCAAUGGCACAGGCAAUAUUUCCCAGCUUCUCUGUCCAACUAAAUGUGUCUGGAAAGAUAUCCACUUGUCAUGUCAGCAGAAAUAUACUGAUCGUGACCCUGGAGGCAAAAAUGGUGGUAAAUCAUCUGAGCUUUAUCAAAAAGAACCAUCGCAAACAACCCAUACUGUAUACUUGCUUGUUUUCGUCCAGGUUUAUUGAUUAAUACAUGCAAUAUAAUUCUGCAAUACUUUUACCCCGCCUAUAUAUUUAAAUAUAUAUAUAAAAUGUAUAUACAUAUGCUGUACAGGUAACUAAUUUCUUUAUUUUUACUGUGAAACCUUAAAGAAUCCAGCAGCUGCCGUGGCUUCACAUGUUGUGUUAUUGUAAUCCAGUGACCACGUUGUUAUCUUAACCAAAAAUGUCAGAGGAAGUGAGUGGAUGUAAUUAUUUUGUGGAUCAAAUGACGCAAACUGGUUUCAAACUGGUUCAGGGUCACCUGAGAAUUCCGGAAUGGAGUUAUGGAAAUCAACUCCCCCAAACUGUCACUUUAAAGUCCAUUUAAAGUAAUAUUGUAUGUUGUAAAGAAAGACUAACUAAUUGACAGAAUGCAUGCCAAUGGGAAAUGUUGUGGGGCAGAGGAGGAAAGUAUGUCUUCACCUGUGUGUUUUUGGUGUUGUAUGUAUAUUGAGCAAGUGAUACAGCUCCCUCGAAUCUCAAACUCUACGAAUGUCUGUACGGAAAUGAUUUAUUCUUCAACAAUCCUAUUUAGUUCUCAAAAUUCAUGGUUGUGGCGGGUUGUGACAUUGAUUAUAAAUAUUCUAAUGAUUCUAAUCCUGGUGUACUUCAAAGCCUUCUCUUGCUGAAUGUAUGCCAUAUGAGGGGGAAGAUAGCUAAUCAGAAAUAAACUGCCAUGUAAAUACAAGGACCGAAAUUAUUCUGGGUGACGAUGCGAAGGGAGAUUGUGUCGCUGAAUGUUUGUGCAAUGUUUCUUAGUUUUAUUGCUUCUCUGGUCUGGGUGUGUUCUUUAUGUAAACUGUGUGUUACCCCAUUCUCUGUUCUAUGACAAGACAAUACACUUUUUUAAAUGAUAGGAUGUAGGACAGAGAGUUGAAACCAUUUUCAGUUUGUCACUGAGAACUGACUCUUUGGUUCAAAGCAACACAGCAAAAUUGAGCUCAACAUUAAGCACAUUGUGUCACAUUAUGACCUUUUAAUGCAAAGGGGAAAUCACAGCUUCAGUAUUUUACAACGGUCACAUCUGGUUAACCUAAUAAUAUCUUUGGGAGAAAUCUGGGAGAAAAUUGGCAGCUGAGUCGUCGUACCAUUUCUGACUUUUGAAGCUUUGAACUUUUUUGAUGAUGGACAUUUCACUCAGGUUUACCACCUUCCGGAAAGAUAUACAGAUCUGCUAUCUUAAUUUGAUCCCAUUGUUGUCGCAGAGAAUAUUCCUGGGCAACAGGAAAUGCAAAUUGUAGUGUUUUCAAAGUUUAAAAAGACUUCUAAAGUUUGUAAUUUCCACUUUAAAAUUUCAGACACAUUUUUCCAUAACGAAAAACACCUACAAAAAAAUCCAUUAAUUAUAAUACACAUAAUAAUUAAAAUGUUGUGUUGCUGAAGGAUCAUUUUCCUGCUGUGAGAAGCAGGGUCAAAUUAAGAUCCCACAUCUGUAUGGUUUUAUUGAUUCCUUAUUGGUUCACUAUUGAUUUGACCUAGAUACAGUUACUGUACAUCUGUAUGGUUUUAUUGAUUCCUUAUUGGUUCACUAUUGAUUUGACCUAAAUUUCACAUAAAUUAUGGAUCACUCGAUAACAAAUAUUAUUAUAGACAAGUUUAUCACUUAUAUUCUGAGCCACAUAUCAAAACCUAAUGCUUUGAGCCUAUCGUUUUUAACUGUCACAUGUCACAUAUUUUAAGUCAGAUCAUAGUCCCCAACAUAUUACUAUAAUGACUGCUUGUUUUCUCCCAUGGGAAGAGUGCAUGGCAAAAUGCCUAUACAAUUAUGAAGGAGUUAAGUCCAAAUGAGUGAACUCUGGUUGUGCGCUUCAAUGCUGUGUCAUUGCAAUCAAUUGGUCCUCUUACCUAUUCCUUGUAUGUGCGAUUCCCGAGUUUGCCCUACUAAGCUGCUAUAAGGACUGUGCUGAUAUUAUUUGUAAAGAUUUGAAUGAUUGUCCACAGUCAGUGAAAAAAAGGUCAGAGAAAAAACUGCUAUGUUCAGGCAAUAUCAUCUCUGUUUCAGUGCAAGAGUUCCCAUGCACCCAGCAUGACUCUUGAUCAAUGAAUGACACCUCAGUGAAUUUGACAAGCUCUUUCUUGAAUCCCUUGCAUCUGUUAUAUAUAAGACAGUGUUAUGCAAGUUGUAAGAUGGCGUAUUCAAGUACAGUCUUACUGUUAAUUUACUGUUGCUUUUGUUCUCUGUGAAAAAGAAACUUGCAAUGGAAUGCAAGUGAGAUUCCCCACAUAUGCUUGAAACCAACCAACGAUUAUUGAGAGACGGUUAUCUCAGUUUAAAAUCUCACAUUUUUGCCGUACCAGAUAUGGAAGAUGUUAAGGGUACUGAAUACCUUAGUGUUGAUGUCUUAGCAUAUCAGUGUAUUUUAUGUUUGUUUGUUUUGUUGUUGUUCUUGUUUUUGUUUACAGUUUGCCCCAAUGCACAUGGACAGCAUAUACUGUACCUUGUGCCUUGUAUAUCUAGUUUCCACAUAGUCUAUUUUUGUGGUAUGUACAUGCUUGUAGAAAUGCAAAUAUGUGUUUUUAUUUUCAACUUGCAAUAUAUGUACAAAUGUUAGCUAAAGAAUAGUACUGCUGAAUUAAAAUGACAAUGUCAGUAUAUCUCAAUUUCCCUGGUUUGGGAAACACAAAAUUACACAUUUUUGUUGGUUUGAGCCUUCAAACACCAUGCGCGCUGUACUCUACUCAUCUACUGUAUGUGUGACAUACACAGAGUUAUGGAGGCACAUUGUCGUUUGUGCCACAAUCUGGUGUAAUCCAAACAUUUUCUACAAUGAGAGGGUGAACUCAAAACAAGCUUUUUCGUGGAGUUUAUGCAGUCUAGAUAUCACCUUAGACAACAAACAGUGUUUGUGGACAACUGAACUCAAAUCAAGAAUCAUUCAAAUGAAAAUGGACACCCCAAAACGGUUAAUCUGAAGACCAGGGGAGCAGCAGCAGUACCAAGCUUGAUUCCUGUUUCUCAUAUCUGUCUGUUUGACUAACCAAUGUAUUUGCUUCUGACCUAGAGGGGAUGUUUGGUUGAUAAUUCCUUGUGGGACCUUCAAAUCUAGAUAUUUCUGUGUAACCAACUACAAUGAUUUAAAAUGUCAACUAGUCUGACAAUUAUCAUACCUUAGUGUUGUAGCUACUGUAGCCUGCUUAUCUAAGCCUUCUCUCUGCUUUAGGACUUUCUGUAUUGUGUGUGUGUGUGUGUGUGUGUGUGUGUGUGUGUGUGUGUGUGUGUGUGUGUGUGUGUGUGUGUGUGUGUGUGUGUGUGUGUGUGUGUGUGUGUGUGUGUGUGUGUGUGUGUGUGUGUGUGUGUGUGUGUGUGUGUGUGUGUGUGUGUGUGUGUGUGUGUGUGUGUGCCUGUGCCUUUCCUUCUACAUUGUUGGUCCCACUUGAGAACACCAAGCUAGGUCUUCAGGCCCACUCAAGCAGAAACAGACACAAUUGCAAUCUGAGAGCUGCCGUCUGAAAAAGCAGUUUAUUUUGGAAUCUUUUGUCAAAAGAGCUUCUACAUCACUGCAGCUAGCCUUCCUAACAGUGGUUCCAGUACAAAGGUUCUCAGAACUCAAGUGGAAUUCUAUAUUCCAGCCACUGUAGCUUUAUCCUCAUCUGGCAAUGAAAAAACAAAACAAAUUUCUCUCGUUGUCACUCAGUGUUUGUCGCUCCCCAUUGAGGUUGUCUUAAAGCCCUUCAGGCUCAGCUUGUGUUUGGGUCUGUAAGGGUUAAAGUACUUUAACGCUCCACUGAACUCCAUACUGUACUCUGUCUGAGCUGAUAUCUAGCUGUCCAACCCCAAACUGACCCCUAACCCCUACUCCUAAGUACUUCACAUAUAGUGACUAUCUGCAAGGAGUGGAUAGAUGUACUCAAUAUGGUAAUAGCUCCACUCUUUCCUUUGAUAGGCUUGCUGGAACUUCCACCACAAUACUUCCACCUACCCAAUCCUUUCAGAUGAACAUAAGUGCAAUAGAGGUAGGACCUAAAGGUGGCUUUGGGAUCGGGUAUACGGCUGUCCUACACUCUCUCUCUCUCAGCUGGUCCAGAACUCAGAGCCAGGCUCUGGUCUCUCUCAAUAAGCUGGUCUGUCGGUCGGUGGAAAUGUUGUUAAAGCGUUCCUAACAAAAUGAGUCAUUGUUGUGCAAUAAAAAGAUGAGCGCA